CGCAGGUACCCCCGGCCCGAGAUGCGGUAGAAGCAGCGCGCGCGAGAAGCCCGGUCCCCGGUGCCACCAGCCCGUCGCCCGGCCCAUGGCGAGCCCCGGCCUGGGGCUGCUUCUGGCGCUCGGCCCGCCGCUGCUGCCGGCCGGCUGGGGCCGGGCCUGGGGGCAAACGCAGGACCCCCCUAUAAAUGAGAACGGCACCAUUACACCCUCUGACCCAGGCUCUGGCUCCAAUGGGGCCCUGUCUCAGGCGGCCAUCACUGCCAUCAUUGUUGUCUUCUCCCUCCUGGCCGCCCUGCUUCUGGCCGUGGGGCUGGUGUUGCUGGUGCGAAAACUGCGUGAGAAGAGGCAGACAGAGGGCACCUACCGGCCCAGCAGUGAGGAGCAGGUGGGUGCCCGUGUGCCGCCACCCCCCAACCUCAAGCUGCCGCCCGAGGAGCGGCUCAUCUGAAUGCUGGGGCCUGCUGCAGCCGCCACAACUUCCUAGGACCACCCAGUGCUCGCUCACACACAGCAGCUGCCACCAAGACAACAGCCUCUGAUGGUCCAGGAGGACUUGGGGGGAGGCCACGGGGCACCUGCCUGGCAGGCUCAGUGAAGCAUGCCGCCUCUGCUUGACUCUGCCUGCAAUUGGGGAUGCCGGGGCUGGGGGCCCGCCUCCACGCUUGCUGCCCCAUCUUCGCUCAGCCAACUGUCCUGCUGCCACACAGGCCCGACAGAUCCUCUCCUUUCUUUCAGUUCAACCAUGCAGCCGAGGCCCCGGCUCCCCAGGACUCCAAGGAGACAGUGCGGGGCUGCCUGCCCAUCUAGGUCCCCUUUUCUAUCCAUCUGCCUUGCUGUGUGACCUUGGGGGAAGGCAGAGCCCUCUCUGGGCAAUCAAACCUAGCCAG